UCAGAUUGCAGUGAAGGAAAGAAAGUUGUGCACCGCGCAGUGGAGCAGAGUUCAGCAGGGCAGUCUCUCCGAACCUGCGGCACGGGAUGGCCGUCUUUCUGCUGCUCUUUGUGGCAUUUCUUUUCUUGGUAAAAUGCUACAUAACCCGUGUGCCAGCUGCCCCCUCAGGGGCAUACCCAGUGCCAGGACCAUUGUUCUGCAUCAAGAGAUUCAUCUACCUGACGCUCAUUCGAUAUUCGCCUAAAAAAACAUCGUCGUACGGAGCGCUGCGGGAACAAGAGAUGCUUGGGGCGAGGAAGCCCCCCAAUCCUCAGCACCUUUCCACCCGUGACCUGGAGGCUCCGCAAAAGCUGGUGGAUAAUCCUUAUGCUAUAGACUCCGUAUAUUUCACAGCCUUCACAGAGGAUGGUAAAAGCUUCAUCAUCGCUCGUGUCGCCCGGAGAUCGGAGAACCGCUGUGAGGUCUGGUUGUUUCUGAGGGUGGACGGGGUCGGUGAUUUUGAGCAUCCUGAGCACCCCGUCACCAUCAUGGCAACUGAGGCGAACGACAGCUGGGGCGCUGGGGGUCUCACAGUGACGUGUCUGCAGCCGUUCCAGACAUGGAGGAUUUCUUUUGACGGAGUCUUAAGGAAGGGACCGUUCCGACACAGUGACAGUGACGAUGGUGGCUCCAAAGUGCACGUCACAUUUACAUUGCUUUGGACAGCCGCCACCGACGUCUAUGACUUUGAUUAUGACUUUAACCCCAGCACGGCCGCAGAUGCGAUGGCCAUGGAGCCGCUGAGCAUGGAAUUCUUAUCUGCUGUGAAAAAAUCUAAGGACGAGCACUACCGCUAUGAGCAAUGGGGAGGCCUGAAGGCCAAGGUGUCGAUCGGCGGUGACCCAGAGCGCCAGAUGUCCUUGAGCGGGAUCCGCAGCCAUUCCUAUGGUGUCAGGGACUGGGCGCAAUUCCACCGAUACAUCAUGUUCUUAAUACAUUUUGAGAAUGGGAUGUUUGUGCACCUGAACAUUGUCAGCCUCCCCAAAACCACCAGACAUUUAAUUAUAGGUUACGUGUUUUUUCCUGCUGGUGAUAAGGCGGGGAUUGAAUGGUCUGACGCUCACCUCUCUAACCUGGCCGAUGACCGCGCCAUUAAGGAAAAUUACCAGAUCAGUUUUACUGCCGGAGGUCAGACAUUUGACGUUUCUGCGACUCUUGACUCCAGGAACAGCCCCUUUAUUUACAAUCCUUCCUUAAACUCUUCAACGAAGCAAACUGUUGGAAUCACCCACGAAUGCAUCGCCACCUUCACGACGGGCACGGGUGAUAACGGGUGGGGCCUUGUUGAGUUCUUCUAUAGGGUAUAAGAACUGCUCCUCAUCUGGUCCCGGAACAUCCUGCAAUUCACUUUGAUUUUUUAACAUUCUUUUCUUUCUGUAAAUCAGUCAUAAGUAAUAUUCUGUGUAAUAUCAGCGGAGGCGCUGGUUUAGGGUCAUGAUUUGUAGUAUUUGAACCCCGGAUUGUAACCCGGAAGGGCUCUGCACCUACUCGGAACAACACAAGGUAGACCGCACAGUAUCACAACCAGCUCUGCAAGUUAAAGGGGACGAUGUCCAGUCUUCUGUAUAUGAUUCAUUAUAUAAAAGUUCAGCAACUUUC